CCGGCGCUUCUAUCCAUCGACUCUGCCCGUAAGCAAACCUGCACCCCCCCCCCCGUUAUCGACACAGCCCAACUCGACCCAAUUCUCGCCUAGACACUGAUUAACGGGGAUCGUGUGGUGUAGUAUUCACCAUCAAUGAAGGCGCUGCUACAUCGAGCACAUCUGCACCACUGGGACGCACUGAAGAAAUCGUUCGAGAGUAUUUUCGUCUGGCGCUACCAUGAAGAAGAUCCAGAUGGUAUUGACGGACAGUAGGCUUGACCGGAUCGAGCUACUGAAGAUCCUGCUGAACGUGUAUACUAUCCCGCGUCGUUCGUGAUCCAAGCAAGCGGAGAUCUUCCACACGUCUAUCGCGUACAAAACCAAGAUACUGGGUUUCUGUCGCACGCUGAGGUGGUGCUCUCCUCAUUAUAUCUGCCAUUCUGGCUGUGGAAGAAGGUCCAUACUAUUAAUACGCUCGCUCAAUACCGAUCCUUAGAAAGCCCAAACGUACGUCGUACGUUAUCUGGCCAUCGCGGAGCUGCUGAACGAGGGGACUGUGGUACGCCC